GUAUUCAUUUCUGUGAAAUCACACCUGGGAACACCUACCUGGGUAUUCAUCUCUGGGAAAACACACCUGGGAACACCUACCUGGAUAUUCAUUUCUGGGUAUUCAUUUCUGGGAACACCUACCUGGGUAUUCAUCUCUGUGAAAUCAUACCUGGGAACACCUACCUGGGUAUUCAUCUCUGGGAAAUCACACCUGGUAACACCUACCUGGGUAUUCAUUUCUGGGAAAUCACACCUGGGAACACCUACCUGGGUAUUCAUCUCUGGGAAAACACACCUGGGAACACCUACCUGGGUAUUCAUCUCUGGGAAAUCAUACCUGGGAACACCUACCUGGGUAUUCGUCUCUGGGAAAUCAUACCUGGGAACACCUACCUGGGUAUUCAUCUCUGUGAAAUCAUACCUGGGAACACCUACCUGGGUAUUCAUCUCAGGGAAAUCACACCUGGGAACACCUACCUGGGUAUUCAUCUCAGGGAAAUCACACCUGGGAACACCUACCUGGGUAUUCAUUUCUGGGAAAUCAUACCUGGGAACACCUACCUGGGUAUUCAUCUCUGGGAAAUCACACCUGGGCACACCUACCUGGGUAUUCAUCUCUGUGAAAUCAUACCUGGGAACACCUACCUGGGUAUUCAUCUCAGGGAAAUCACACCUGGGAACACCUACCUGGGUAUUCAUCUCAGGGAAAUCACACCUGGGAACACCUACCUGGGUAUUCAUUUCUGGGAAAUCAUACCUGGGAACACCUACCUGGGUAUUCAUCUCUGGGAAAUCACACCUGGGCACACCUACCUGGGUAUUCAUCUCUGGGAAAUCACACCUGGGAACACCUACCUGGGUAUUCAUCUCUGGGAAAACACACCUGGGAACACCUACCUGGGUAUUCAUCUCUGUGAAAUCAUACCUGGGAACACCUACCUGGGUAUUCAUUUCUGUGAAAUCACACCUGGGAAAACCUACCUGGGUAUUCAUCUCUGGGAAAUCACACCUGGGAACACCUACCUGGGUAUUCAUCUCUGGGAAAUCACACCUGGGAACACCUACCUGGGUAUUCAUUUCUGGGUAUUCAUUUCUGGGAACACCUACCUGGGUAUUCAUCUCUGGGAAAUCAUACCUGGGAACACCUACCUGGGUAUUCAUCUCAGGGAAAUCACACCUGGGAACACCUACCUGGGUAUUCAUCUCUGGGAAAUCACACCUGGGAACAUCUACCUGGGUAUUCAUCUCUGGGAAAACACACCUGGGAACACCUACCUGGGUAUUCAUCUCUGUGAAAUCAUACAUGGGAGCACCUAUCUGGGUAUUCAUCUCUGUGAAAUCAUACCUGGGAACACCUACCUGGGUAUUCAUCUCUGGGAAAACACACCUGGGAACACCUACCUGGGUAUUCAUCUCUGGGAAAUCACACCUGGGAACACCUACCUGGGUAUUCAUCUCUGGGAAAAAAACACCUGGGAACACCUACCUGGGUAUUCAUCUCUGGGAAAUCACACCUGGGAACACCUACCUGGGUAUUGAUCUCUGGGAAAACACACCUGGGAACACCUACCUGGGUAUUCAUCUCUGGGAAAUCACACCUGGGAACACCUACCUGGGUAUUCAUCUCUGGGAAAUCACACCUGGGAACACCUACCUGGGUAUUCAUCUCUGGGAAAUCACACCUGGGAACACCUACCUGGGUAUUCAUCUCUGGGAAAUCACACCUUGGAACACCUAACUGGGUAUUCAUCUCUGGGAAAAAACACCUGGGAACAGCUACCUGGGUAUUCAUCUCAGGGAAAUCACACCUGGGAACACCUACCUGGAUAUUCAUCUCUGGGAAAACACACCUGGGAACACCUACCUGGGUAUUCAUCUCUGGGAAAACACACCUGGGAACACCUACCUGGGUAUUCAUCUCUGGGAAAUCACACCUGGGAACACCUACCUGGGUAUUCAUCUCUGGGAAAUCACACCUGGGAACAGCUACCUGGGUAUUCAUCUCUGGGAAAUCACACCUGGGAACAGCUACCUGGGUAUUCAUCUCAGGGAAAUCACACCUGGGAACACCUACCUGGGUAUUCAUCUCUGGGAAAUCAUACCUGGGAACACCUACCUGGUUAUUCAUCUCUGGGAAAUCACACCUGGGAACACCUACCUGGGUAUUCAUCUCUGGGAAAACACACCUGGGAACACCUACCUGGGUAUUCAUCUCUGGGAAAUCACACCUGGGAACACCUACCUGGGUAUUCAUCUCUGGGAAAUCACACCUGGGAACAGCUACCUGGGUAUUCAUCUCUGGGAAAUCACACCUGGGAGCACCUACCUGGAAUGUCAAAUUAUAAUAAUAAUAAAUACUCCCAUUUAG